ACAACCUCAACAGCUGGAGGAGGACAAACUUCAUCGUCAGUAGAUGGAGGUGAAGUAUCUCCGACAACCACGCAAACAGCACCACCUCCAAGCAGUGUUUACGUGGACAAUAGACCAGGUCCAGAGGUAUCACUCACUGUGACAGUCACAACUGAUUGCUCCGGCAGCAAGUUGGCCAGCUUAAACCAAACCAUGACAAAUGGCAUUCUCAUUAUUUAUAAGGGCACACCAUAUCGACUCAAAGGAGUGAAAGCUACGAGUGUUACCUGCAUUUCUCAGUUUAAAGGGAUAUAUACUCUGCUAUUUUACCGAGUAGGAUCAGGCUCUGGAUCAACGAUCGAAGGAGUAUUUAAGGGUCGACUUCAACAAGGCAAUUUUGGCAAUUCUAUAACAGCAAGUAACACGGUAUACACUUUCGAGUUUCAAGGAGUUGAUAUAAAAAGAACGCCCAAAUCUGGAGAGUGCGAAAGAGUCUGCUGUAAUGGAGCAGGCGGGGAAAUGCUUAUAAAGAUAACAUGCGCUCCUGUAGACAGUUGUGCCGGUCUUGACUUUUCAGAGAGGAAAGAAAACGGAUAUUGUCCAGGGGAAUCUAAAGCUUCUUGCAAAUGCAGCAAAGGUUUACAGGACUUGCCAAGUGUCGCUUUAAUUACUGUAUUGGGACUCGCAUCAUUGAUGAAGUCCAUAUUCUCACUGUAACUACGAAUGCUCAAGUAUGCGCCCGACUUCAGUUCGGAAACAUGACUUUAUGAGCUUAUGGCAACAGACGCCUCGUGACGGAGACAAAGUCUCAAAUAAACAAUAGACCUAUUCAAGUUUUAAAGAUAUGAAGCUGAAUCAUACAACGACAAUAAGAAACAAUGUUUAGUAUUUUCCUUAGAUGUGUGUAGUUGUAAACCCGACUAAAUUAUCGAGGAUGAUUUUUUAGUUCCUUUUUUCUAUCAUUUUCAUUCCUAAUUGACAUAUCUAACGUAGAGAAAGAAAACGCUCUCGAGCCAGGAUUUUAAUACAUAAACGUGAAAGAGAACCAGCCAAGACGAUGGACUCCUAGCGACUCACAUGUCCCUAAUGCGGGUCGUGGGCCACGUCAAAAUGGUCUAAUUUUCCUCCGUGCAAUCGAGAAUUUUACCCCGCCAUCUUGGGUGAGAGUGAUUAGUUUCAAAGAUUUGCUCAUCCAUAGGCCACAAAGAGUGCUUAUCAAAUCCACUAGACUUUCUUGUCUCUGCUGCGUGAGUCAUCAACAAUCAACUUUUUCCUCAAUUUUUUUUCGAUGAAGGCGGUUUGUUAAAGUUUGGGUGUAAAUAUUAUAAGUGACUAGCCAAUUACAUGUGUUAGUUAGAAUUCGGUCAAGAGGUCAAGCGUAAAGGCUCAAAGCGAAGAGCCAUAGCAUUUUCAUACAAAGCAAGAAAGCACAAGGAGUUUUCUGUAUCCAUUCGAUGCUUAGUCCCUUCGCCACUAUUCAAAAUCUUAUUUAAGAUUUUUUUUGAACAGAGGCAUGCGUUAGUUUUAGUCGCAAAGCUUUUUUGGUAUCAUUCAUUACUAAAGUUUAUAAUUCAUCCAACUAUUAUUAUUACAUUCAGUAACACGUCCAUUCUUUUGCGAUUAAUAUCAGAGAAAUCUUACUAAUUUUAUCCUUUAUUAGUUGUGUAUCAUUUGACUUUAUGAUUACCGAGUGGCCAGUUUUUUUUUUCUUAGAAGUGUGUACACUGUAGUAUG